GAGGCUCCUCCACGCCGCUUCUCCCCAAGUCGGUGUGUGAGACUGUGCUGAUGGACUUCGAUUCCUUGGUGCAGGCGCAGAGCGGGCUUGGCACAGCGGCCGUCAUUGUCAUGGACAAGUCGACUGAUAUCAUUAAAGCUAUCGCCCGCCUCAUUGAGUUUUACAAGCACGAGAGCUGCGGGCAGUGCACCCCGUGCCGAGAAGGCGUUGACUGGAUGAACAAAGUCAUGGCCCGGUUCGUGCAGGGCAAUGCACAGGUAGCGGAGAUUGACGCGCUGUGGGAGAUCAGCAAGCAGAUCGAGGGCCACACCAUCUGCGCGCUGGGCGACGGCGCUGCCUGGCCCGUGCAGGGCCUCAUCCGUCACUUCCGCCCGGAGCUGGAGGAGAGGAUGCGACGCUACGAGGAGUCCAAAGCGCGAGCGGCGUCAGCUUAA